AUGGCGCCCAAGAAAGACCCCAAGAAGCGCCCCAGGAAGCCCCAGUUUGAGGUCGGGGAGCGAGUACUGUGUUUCCGAGGGCCCCUGCUUUACGAGGCAGAAUGUAUCAAAGUGUCUGCCAAGUACAGGAAAGUCAAGUACCUCAUUCACUACCCCAAUGAGGGAAAUGACCCUAACCCUGUAGGAUGGGAUGACGAGUGGGUUCCAGAAAGCAGAUUACUUAAAUAUUCAGAAAUCAAUCUGCAGAAACAGAAAGAACUUUUUCAAGCUAGUCAACUGCAAUCAGUGAGAGGGAAAGAGGUAGGGCCAGCUUUGGGUACGAGGCCUUUGAGGGGUCCACAGCAAAAUCUCAUCGCAGAUAGCGGUGAAGGCCCCUCAGUGUCGACACAGGCGUACAGAAGGAACCAGAAUGAGAGUGAAAGCAGCGGUGCCAGAAACAGAGUUGGGAGCAGUGGUGACCAGCAAGAGCAGUGCAGACCACGAGGUGGGGAACAGCGAAGAGCAUAUGUGAGAAAAACGGACUUUAAAAUCACUAUGCCGGCAGAACUGAAACCAUGGCUUGUGCAAGACUGGAACUUGAUCACUGUCCAAAAGAAGUUAUUUCAUCUUCCGGCCCAGAAGACGGUGGAGUCAAUUCUGCAGGAGUAUGAACUUUACGAAAGGUCUAACGCCAACUCAGAAGAUAAGAUCUACGCUGUUCCUGAAGUUGUAGCCGGUAUUAAAGCAUAUUUCAAUUUCAUGCUAGGCACUCAUCUGUUAUAUAAAUUUGAGAAACCACAGUAUGCUGCCAUCAUAGCCAGCAAACGUGGUGUCCCGGUGUCCCAGAUCUAUGGAGCACCGCAUCUGCUGCGAUUAUUUGUAAAAAUUGGAGAUAUGCUGUCCUAUACAUUCUUUGAUGCUCAUAGUACCAAUUUAUUGCUAAGGUAUUUGCAUGAUUUUGUGAACUACUUGGCAAGAAACCAAGAAGCUCUGUUUAAUUCCGAUGAUUAUGAGCUUGCUUCUCCUGAGUAUAUUCAGAAUGCUGAAGCAGAGCCUUCUCAUACUUAA